UUAUGGAUUUAUUUAUAUAAAACACAAGGUACCCUUUAGUAUUUUAUUGUCCUAACGUUAAUUGGUAUUUGGCAAGAUCAAGAUAGUGUCAGUCUAUAGUUAAUGCCCAUCCUCCUUCCAAACAGACCUUAGUGACCACUGAAAGCUCAUCCUACAGCCAUGUCUUUAUUUUCCAACUUGCUUCCAAAAGCAUGGUGUCAACCAACGGAAAGCACAUCUCCCACCCCACAAAAUCAGACAGGUCUAGUUAAAUCAUUGGUAGCUGGAAGGCAAAUUGCAGCUGCAGCAGUGGCGGAAGGAGACAGUUGUGAAUUUGCCUCACUUCAGUAUUUUGGCCUUUGUGGCUUGGGAGGUAUUCUGUCUUGUGGUAUAACACAUACGGCUGUAGUACCUCUUGAUCUUGUCAAAUGUCGUAUUCAAGUCGACCCGGCUAAAUACAAAUCUGUUUUCAAUGGGUUCAAAGUAACUUUAGCUGAAGAUGGUGCGAAAGGUUUGGCCAAAGGUUGGGCGCCAACCUUCUUUGGUUACUCUGCGCAAGGAUUGUGCAAGUUUGGACUCUAUGAAGUUUUCAAAGUAUUCUAUACUGACCUUAUUGGAGAAGAAAAUGCUUUCUUGUACCGUACCUGGUUAUAUCUUGGUGCAUCCGCGUCUGCUGAAUUUUUCGCUGAUAUUGCGUUGUCUCCAAUGGAAGCAGCUAAGGUUAAAAUUCAAACUACUCCCGGCUUUGCCAAUACCUUGAGGGAAGCUUGGCCAAGAAUAUAUAGAGAAGAAGGAGCAAAUGGUUUCUACAAGUCCCUCGUUCCUCUAUGGAUGAGGCAAAUCCCAUACACUAUGAUGAAAUUUGCCUGCUUUGAACGUACCGUCGAACUUAUUUACAAAUACGUAGUGCCCAAACCACGAGCUGAUUGUACCAAAGGUGAGCAGUUGGUUGUUACAUUUGCUGCUGGAUACAUUGCUGGUGUCUUCUGCGCCAUUGUAUCUCAUCCCGCUGAUACUGUCGUCAGUAAAUUGAACCAAGAAAAGGGCUCUACCGCACUUGACGCUGCCAAAAAGUUGGGUUGGAGCGGUUUGUGGAAGGGUUUGCCACCAAGGAUAGUCAUGAUUGGUACCUUGACCGCCCUUCAAUGGUUCAUCUAUGAUGCCUUCAAGGUCGCUUUGCGCAUGCCACGACCACCACCACCAGAAAUGCCCGAAUCAUUGAAAAAGAAGUUGGAAGCCGCAGGCAAGCAAGCCUAAGUAAACGUGCCCAUAGUUAAUAUUUAACUUAUAAUUAUUUAAAAGCUAAAUAAUUCCAAUAUAAAAGAUAAGUCGGGUUAAAUGAUUUUAUUCUUCUCCCAGUGUUAGAACGAAAAAACAGUAUUGCGAUAAAGAAUUGGAUUAGUAACAAAUAGGUCAAAAUCACGAAAAUUGAGAUACUCGUUGUGAAAAGUUCAUGUUGUCUUUAUGCUAUUAUAGAAUGUAAAUAGAAACAUGUAUAAUACAUACAGCGUUGUUUGCACCUGA